CAGGUGUGUCUGCAGUGUAGCGAUGUUCUCCCGGAUCCAGGACUUCAGUACAUUGAGAGCCCUCGGCCAGAGCUGACGUUCGCUAAACCAUUUCCGCCCGGCCCUGUUUUGUUUUUUUUUCGUGCCUGUUUGUGAAAAGAAAAAGGGAACAGGCAAGCAGCUGUACCGGUAGUGCAGAGUGUGUGCGUUUUUCGUUGUUUUUUAUUAUAUCGUGUGUUACCUUGACAACGGCUUGUUUUGACGACUGGACUUACGACAAGCGCGUAGAAAGUCUUUGUUCCUUGUGUGCACAUGACGACAUAUUUCCCUUAAAAAGUUGAGCUUGCCCUGCUCGAAAAAUCAAUCGGAUUAGUUUUGUUGUGCCAUCGUUUUUUUUUUUGUUUUUGUUUUUGUUUCGUUCACAUAUUUUUAUUCUUCUGUUGGCGCUUAUCGGAUAUGAAAACUUGGAGUUGCGAUUCGCUACGAGGCCAUGCCCGGCGAAAAUCGUCAUCAGUCUCGUUCUAAUUUCAACGGUCAUCACAUGUUGGACGAUUACGCCAUCAUGGAACAACAGCAUAAACAUCAGCCUACGGCUGAUCAUUCCGAGCCGGUGGGUAAUGGAAGUCUGCAAGAACUUUACGCUCAGCUGGUCCAGAAGGAGCGCGAUCUCCUGCUGGCCGCCCAACUGGGCAAAGCCUUACUGGAGAAAAACGAAGAACUCGGUCUGCAAAACGAGAAGAUGGCCGAAGAAUACUCGCGGCAGUUGGAGAUUUUGGAGCAAGAAAAGCACGUUUUACGGCGGAAAGUGGACAAUGUCGAGGGCGAAUACGAGUCCAAAGUGUCCGAACUACAGAGCGACGUUGCCGAUUUGAAACGGGCGUUGGACGAGCAGCAGAACAACGUCAAGAUGGCCGAACGGCAAAAAUCGUCCAUCAUUACGCAAUUGACGGAGCAGAACCAGCGACUCACUGCCCAACUCAAAGAGGCGAUGAAAAAUGAAGAGCAACUAAGUGCCCAGCUGCAAGGCUUGCGUGAUCAAUUUAGUUUAAGAAAAUCUAGUCUGCAAGACCACGUCGGCCAUUUGGAAAUCAUGCGAGAAGAGAUCGUGAUGCUGACUGAAAAGAAAACGGAACUGGAAAGACGAUUACAACACCUGCUGUCCGAACGCGAAGGUUUGACGUCCAACCUGGACGAAUCGUCCGACAGGAUCAUGGGCCUGGAACGCCAGUGCCACGAGCAAGAAGUCCACCUACGCGAAACCCACCGUGAAUUGAACGAAUUGCGAGCGGCCAACGGCUCACUUUGCGAGCGAUUGGAAUCGAUCACGAGAAAUUUGUCUUCACCUUCGGCACCGAGUUUCCAUCACCACAGUCAUUCAUUACUAGCCGAAAUGGACCUAUCAGCCACUAGCUCCGGUCAUGGAUCCGCCUCCAGUCCCAACUCUCAUCCCUCACUAACCGGCCAGGAUGAUAUCGAGAUCGACGACAUCGAGUGCGACGAUCCUCAGGGUGAAAAUUCCCUCGUCGUCGAGGAGCAAAACCAAAAGAUGAGACAAGAAAUUAUGGACGCCUGUGUCGCUUUGAGAAGCUUAUGCGAAACGGUGCGCGCCCAAAGACGUCGAGCUUCGUUAUCGCUAUCAUCGAUGACCUCAUCGAAUAGCGGAGGAGGCCAAAAUCCAUCGGUGGGUAGCAAUAUUUCCGUGUUAACGGAAAGCGGUGAUCACAGCAGCAUUCCUCGGCUGGAUGGCAAACAAGACACGGGUCUGCUCAAUUACCUCGUCAAAGAUAUCGAUCAUCUGGUAAGAGGUUCGGCCUGGUUCCAGCUCGACUUCUCUCAAUGCGACCAGUGCGGUCGCAGUCCGAACGACCUCCUUCAACUCGAGUCCGAGUUGCAUUUGACUCAAGAAGCGGCCGACCGGUUGCAACGCAAUUUCGCCGACAAGACGGAGGAAUGCAAGCGUCGCAAUGAGGAAGCCACAUCCUUCAAAAAUCAGUUGACGCUAAAAGAGGUCGAACUGGAAGCGACUCGCGAAGAACGUGACACGGCGCGUCGGGAUGUUAGAGACACUCACCUGGCCAAAGACGAGAUUAUCCGGAGGGCAUGGGAAGUUCGUGAUCAGGCCGUUGCGCGUAAAAAUGCUGCAGAAAUCGAACUGGCCCGUACGCGUAUCGACGUCCUGCAAAUCAACAGUCAAUUAUUAGAAGCCAUUCAACAGAAAGUGGAGCUCAGCCAGCAGCUAGACCAGUGGCAGGUGGACAUGCAGCAGCUGCUCGACGACCAGAUGAAGAGCAAAUUGUCUAAACAGGAAAGGCUUCGCUCGAUGGCUAGUGCCGGUGGAGCCACUCAGCAGUCGCCUGGGACCACCGCUGGGUCCAGCACUUCACCUCAGCAAAGGAAAACCAAGUUCUUGGGUCUUUUCCAACGUUCGUGAACGGCUGCCCGAUGACGUGUAGCCAUUAGCACGCGCAGCUUCAAUUAUUUCUUUCGCCACCCACCUCUUUAAAUUCUGCAUCUGUAACGCUGCAUAUAAUCCCCCCACCCUCCCCGUCCCUCGUGUUUUUAAAGAAACCGUUGUACCAUAUAUUAAUGAUUAUUAUUAUUAACUACUCGGCAUUCGAAUUUAUUUAAAAAAAUUAAGAAAAAAAAGGGUGGAAUGUUUCGUAACUAUAUAAACAUUUAAAAAAAGGGGGGGACGUCAAAAGUCGAUUGUGAGGCAAGUGAAAAAAAAAAAUUAUACAUAAAUACGAAGGCG